GGAUUGAUCGACGUGUGCGACGUGCGUAUGUAUACACAGCGGUACAAUUCUCUGUAGUACAUGUUGUUACGGGCUCUCGUGGCCGGUGCGCGACAUUGUAUCCGCGUGAUGUCCGCUGUCACGACGCAGAAGCCGGAAGUGGUGUUCAUCCUGGGCGGCCCGGGCGCCGGCAAGGGCACGCUCUGCCGCUACAUCGUCGAGCAUUAUGGUUAUGCCCAUCUGUCGGCCGGCGAUCUGCUGCGCGAGGAACGCGCCAAGCUCGGCUCGGAGUAUGGCGAGCUCAUCGAGACGCACAUCAGGAACGGCACGAUCGUCCCCGUGGAGAUCACCUGCAGCCUCAUCGACCGCGCCAUGCAGACCUCCGGGAAUCCGCAUCACCGGUUUCUCAUCGACGGCUUCCCCAGGAAUCAGGAUAACCUCGACGGUUGGAAUAAGGUGAUGGCUGACAAAAUUAUCCUGAAGGGCGUGAUAUUCUGCGAGUGCAGCCAGGAAGUUUGUACGCAGCGUUGCCUGAAGCGCGGCGCCAGUGGAAGUGGGCGCAGCGACGACAACGAACAAUCUCUGAUCUUACGCCAUCAGACUUACCUGAAGAAUACCUUACCGAUAAUAGAAAUGUACGAGCAGCAAGGCUUAGUUUAUAAAGUUAAUUCUAUGAAAACGCCGGACGAGGUAUUUCAGGACGUUAAGGAAUUCUUUCCGAAGAUAGGAUGUUUUUGUAACACGUUACAGCUUAUGUACUGACUGAACAUUCCUUCACACUUGUAUAAUAAUGCAAAUGGAUAAUGGGUGUCAACAAUUGGAAUUCGAAAUCUGUAAAUAUUCUGCCGGCACUUCUAAUAGCGGCAGUGUAAAUUCUUUGAUACAAUGUUAUAUACAUAUAGCGUGCGCGUUAGAAUAUACAUAUAGCAUAUAUAUUUACAAAAUAUUUGGACAAUGUGUUAUUAUUGGACUGUGUAUAUCAAUUGAAAAUUGAACGAUCGUUAGAAAAAAAAAUCGCAUUUAAUAAUGCGGAGGAAAAGUGGCAGAAGAGAGAAUAUGGAAAAGAUGUAUAUCAUGCAUUCUUAAUUUAUAUGUAAAAAUAUAUUCAUAAAAAUUAA